AUGCCAAAAAAAAUUAGAUUAACAAACGCAAAGCUCAAAUCACAAACUAGUGAUUUCUCAUGUAGCGAUGAUAUUCUAAUUUGGUUAAAAGAUGAACUUGGGUAUCGACCGGGACGUUCCACUUCUUUAAUUGACGAUAAUAUGGAACAACCAUUGAAAAAGGAAGAUAUACAAAGGCUAUGUAAAGGUGAAAUUUUGCCAAUAUUAAUGUUUUCAUUAAAACACAUCAAAUCAAAAGAGUAA